GCGAGACAAUUUGGGGAACUGGAAGUCAGGGAGCGGAUAAAGAAUGCUUUGAACAGUUCAACUCGAAAGGAGUUAACACCGGACACUGUGGAAAGGAUAGUAAUGGGCAGUAUAUUAAAUGUGACACCGAGAACAUAAAAUGCGGAUCGCUGCAGUGCCAGCAAGGCAACCGGUACCCCGUAGUACCCGGCAUGGACGAGUACUACACUAGAGCAGUCAUCACUAUUAAGGGUACUGAGUACGAAUGCAAAGCCACCACGGGUCUUCCGCAGCAUUCGGAGAUCGGCUACCUAGGUCUGGUGCGGGAUGGAACACCGUGCGGCGACAACCUCCUCUGCGUCAACCAAACCUGCUCCUCCAUAUUCCCAUUUAUUGACCACACGAAGUGCCCAACCGACCACAAUAACAACGAGUGCUCUGGAAAAGGGAUCUGCUCAAAUGAAAAUAAAUGCGUAUGCAACCGCGGGUGGACAGGUCCCGACUGCACUCACCCCGACGCAUUGCCACCAUCUCCUACCCCAUACACACCAGACAACGCCACCAAAGCUGCUUAUAACAUGACCAAAAAAGAAACGCCGUAUGAGAACUACCACGGCUCUAACACCGUGUUCCUCGUGGCGGUGCUCAUGUCUGUGGUAGGGGGUGUAUUCAUAGUAUUUGCCAUGAGCGCUCUCUGCUACAGGUCAGUCGUAGUACACAAAAACUUCUCCCUGUGCCUAAGGAAAAAGAGCAGCACGCUGCCGAAAUACGACCCUCCUUACGUGAAGAAGCCCAUCGCUAAGAGCUUCGCCGCAGGGUCUACCACCUCCAACAACUCGCAAGAGGACAUCUCCCUCGACGGCGGCAAGAUGCAUACCUUCAAUAACACCUUUAGCCGCGGGGAUUCUCAGCGAGUGAUCUUCAGACAUGGAAACCACAUGGCAGGGGCAGGGACUACUAGUAGAUACUCUGAACAUAAGCAAAUGAAACGUGUUCAUUCGGGCAGUGAAGAUGAGCCUAUGCAUUCAGGGGAAGAAGACACAACAUUAGCAUUAGUCGACACGCCACCUAAUUUAAUGACCAAGCUGCCAGAAAAGGGGAUCCUGAAGAAGCAUGGAUAUGGUGCAGUGGAUGGCAAGGACAAGUGGGGAGAUGACUCACAGUCGGAGCACUUGGACAUAGGCUCACAGUCAGAUGGGCAAGAACCUGCAGGGGCGGUUGCUGAUAUGGAAUACAGGUUUAAGGACCUUAAUGGUUACCAUGAAAAUAUAAUCGAGGCGCUAAAGACUGCGGCUGCUCAAAGAGCAAGCGCCGGCGCAGCGGGUGGCUCAGGUGACCUUAGAGCGUUACAAGAGUAUGAAUACAAGAGGGAAAGGGCUCCCAGCGCGGAGAAAAUUCAUGAAGCGGAGCUCCGGAGGCAGAGGGCAGCCGACGAGGAGGAGGAUGAAGCUCCUCCUUGUGGCCCCAUCAGGAUCAGGAACUUAGAGGACCUGAUUCGACAGCUGGAGCACCACUCUAGCCGCCACAUGAGCCCCUCAGGGUCCGAAGACAUAAGAAUGUCUGAGACUGAAGCCGAUAGACAUUAUAGAAUUGAGGGAGAAGUGCCACCUCGUUGUCGAGGGCGAAUGGUGGGCGGCGAGGAGGACCCGCGGUUCGCGGGGUACCCGCGCUUCCGCGGCUCGGGGCGGCACCACGCCAGCGCGUUCGCGGGCGCCAGCGGCGCGCCGCUGCUGCACGCGGCGCACGCCGGCCUGGCCGCGCAUGCGCGCGCGCCGCCCGACGACGACGCGCUCUACGAGACGGCCGACGCCGAGCGCCUGCGCGACGCGCCCGACAGCGAGAGGUGAGCUCGCCCCUACUCUCCUCACUGGCAGUGUCGAUUGGCUUAAACUACGUC